UGCAACUGACGUGGUUUCUGGGCGCUAGUCCAGGCGGCUCUGAGUUGGCUUCGAGAGACUUCAGAGAUCCACUCAUCCGCCCUGCCCUUCAUCCCUUUCUUAAAAAGACAAUCCGUGCCGCAGCAGCACAAAUAUUCCUCAAUUCACAUACCUUCCCACCUCAACCAGCUUAUCGACUCACCUUCAUCAGCCAUUGGGCUAAUUGAUGGACACAAUGGGCCAGAAGAACUACAAGCGGCUGUACUACAACCUCCUGCGCUCUCAGGAAAACGACGCACAAGUUCAGGAGAUCCCGAUAACAGAAUACCCUCAGCCGGAGAUAAGCUGCUACACGACACCGAUUGCCACCGUUGUCAUCGGUCAAACCCACUUCAAGAUAGCUGAAUACCACCUGCGCCCUUAUUCAAGCUUAUCACACAACUCAUCGGAACUCCAUAUCAGCGACAUCAAUGAAGAUAUCGGACAUACGUUCAUUCACUUUCUCAGCACCGGCUGCUAUGAAACACUCAAGCCCACCGAUCUUGGCCCGGAGAAUUGCCCUUGGGCUCGCGAAUUCGAGCGCAGCGUUUAUGCCUAUCAUGCUGCGAGGCGCUACAGCAUCUUCGGACUCGAGGAACACGCUAAACGGUAUAUGCUGACUUUCAGCGAAGAAGUGUCAACGCGACAACUUCUGAAGACUGUUAGCAAGGUGUACUCGGAACUUCCAGGCCACGAUUCAUGGUUUGAGAGUUUCAUCCGGGACAAGCUCGCUGCUGCUUUCGAAAAGGAUGAAUUCAGCUUCAGGUACCGAGUCGUGCGCGACGGCCUGGGCUCUGAUGACGAUUUCAACCGAUUCUUAAUGUACACGACUCUGGAGAUCUACGCGGAUAAACUGACUUCGCUGCGGGAGACCGCACCGAACGGACACCACCAGACCAACGGCCAUGCAGAAAUCCCUUCCGAGGAGAAAGGUCCUGCUGAAGAAAAGCAGUCGACCACCGAAUCUCCGGAUGAUAAGGAUGAGAGCUCGCCACGGUAUUCCAAUGAGCCGCUUUCCGCAGAUGACACCCCAACUGUCGUAAAUGCUGUGAACUCACGGCCCCAGUCGCCGAUCCCACCUUCAACGGCUUUCUUAGCCUCUCCGGCCCAGAAUGGAUACAAUUGGGCGUCAUCUUGCAGUGAUUCUCCCCCUAGGGAGUUUCCGGCAUUUGCUCCUUCGCCCCCUUUGAUUAGGCGAGAGACUGUAGACUGGGCAGAUCCGGAUCCAGAGCCAGAGCGAGAACCAAGCUUUCGGCCAGAGACGGAGCCGCCAACUACAGAUCAAAAGCCAGAUCGGGAGCUUGAGUCGGAGCAAACGCCAAAGCAAGAGCUCGAGCAGAAGCCAGAGCUGGAGAUAGAGCAAAGACCCGAGUCGGUGCUGGAACAAGAGCCAGAGCCCGUACCUGAGCCAAAACCCGAGCAAAAGCCCGAGGCGCAGCCGCAGACACAGCCGCCAUUGCAACCCCUCCCUCCACCGGACCUCAAACGAAAGACAGAACCCGAGCCCGUGAUCAAAACGGAGCCAGAGUUAAAGUCAGUACCACUCCCGAAGCCGGCGCCUGGAAAUCAGGCAGCACCGGCAGAGCAGCCCGCUCAGCCUAAAAAAAAGAACAAGCCCAACUCACACAGAAGGAAGAAGAAGAACGCCCAAAUGCAUGCAGCGGCUGCUCAGCAAGCUGGGCCACAAGCCAACGGGUCGGCCGCGAAGCCAUAAUUCUGAUGGUAAAGAUGCUAAGAAGCGGCCUGAGACUCUGCCGUUAUUCACCAAGCCUAAAUCCCACGCUCUUUUGGAAUAUUCUCAAGUCACCCAUCGGUCACAUAUCCUCGG